AUGUUCAACGAGAACUUCUCUUUCGGCUCGUCCCCGCCUUCACCCUCUCUCAGCGUCAGCGCCAGUGUCGAGGAAUGUACUUCAGCAGAUAUCUCCCCCUUCACAUCCCGAUGCUCUUCGCCAAACUCUCGAACACCUGCGCCCUUUCGCGAUACUCGAUUCGACACCUAUAGAUACGCUGGCAAUCCACGCAACCCAUCAGUCACGGCUUUGACAGCACGAUUGCAAUCUCAAGCCCUCAACGAUACCGAAAUGCCCUCCCCCUCACUACCUCCCAGCGAAACCGGAUCACCCGCAGUCUCGACACCAGAGACACCAGAUACGGAUGCUGACGAGGGCUUUUAUGAAGGACCCGGUACACCUGCAACUGCAUAUUCUGACUGUUACGAGCCAACCGAGAUAGAUCCUGCUUUGUGGGACCUUAGCAUGUCAGACUCUGUGGUGGCCACUUCGUCGCCCCGACCUUCAUUGUCGCUCGAAGCGCAAGCCCUGUCGUCAUAUACCAUGCGUCGGAGGCAACGGCAAGCAUUGAUUAGACUCCAAUGUAUGGUCUCCAGGGCUCCCGAUCUUGCCAUGCUCAUCGAAGAGUGCCACCCGAGUUCGUUGCCGCUGGGGCCAGAC